AAUUAAUUACAGGAUGUGGUUACUACAGCGGCACCGAUUUAUUAGACUAGUCUAUGUUGAUCAUAGGUGGCGCUUGCGUAAAUGUGGAAUGUGGAAGGAAUACUCGUGUAUGGCGCUGGGACGCUUUGGGAAGGCUACCUGGAAAUUAUAGAUAAAGAUCUGGUCCGGAAACUUUUAAUGCUGUUCAGAAAGUUCUUUUUAUCGACUUCUUAGUCCUCUUCUUGGGAGUUUUUUUAGUGCACUUUCACUUUUAAAAAAAGUGCUCUUUACGCCUGUCUCUGUCUGUUUGCCUGAGUCACAAAGGCUCCGUAGUUUUCCGUAGAACUCGAUUUUCGGGUGCUUUUGAGCACGAAUUCAGUGAAUUUCGAAACUUUCUACUGUCAGUGCUGGGCACGCCUUAGACACAUCGGGUGAGGAUUUAGUAAAAACAGGACAGCGUAAAUGAUGGCCCAAGAAUGGAUUUCGAUCGCCCCAACGAUUUCUUGUGCGUUUCAGAUUUUUUCGAAAACUUAGGGAUUUUGGAUUUUUUCCCGAAACAAAAAAUCUCUAUUGUCUCUAGAAGCUCUAGUUUUUCUCGUCUUUUUUGCCUCCUUUACCUCUUCAACCAUCUUAGCCUCUCUUUAUUGUUUAUUGUCCCUCUUGUUCUAGGCCCUCAAUAGGCUUACGCCCAAUUACAGAGUGAUCCACAUAAUGCUUUUGAGAGGUACCACUGCAGAAGGUCUUAAGUUGUUCUAUACUUCUCCGGUAUCUACCUUAGUCAUUAGGAAAACUGCAGAAAAGUCCAACUCUCUACCACUGAGGUACAUCGUCGGUCACUCCCUUUCAUUGUUUCUAGAUCCCUUAUAGCCAGUCUACUAGUCCCUUUCGCGUAUAUAUUAUGUAAACUGUUGGUUCACCCUGUAAGAUGCAUUUCAAUUAUUUUUUAAGCGUAAAUGUGGUUGUUUAUUUGAGAUUAAACACACUGUCGAUCAUUUGAUGUGUCGUAAUUAUUUUGUAUCUAUUUAAUGUUCUAAAUUUGUUUAAAUAAUCGUCUAGCAUUUUGUUUAUUUAAUUGUAGAGUAGCUAUUUCGUAUUAAAUGAUUCUUUUGCCGGUCGUUGCGAUAAGAAAUUUGUUACCGCUGAUUAAAUUUCAAGAUAAGCACGUGUUAUUACCGUAAGAAAACACAUGUGUCGGAAUUCAGUCAGUGAGAACUGAAACGAAAAGGGUAGGAUGCUUUAAAUACAUGAAGCAGAUGUGACUAGGGAUUCGUUUUAGUGGUGAACGUUAAUUGGUUUUUUAUGGCUUGGUGGACGUUGCAACGUAGCCGGUUUCUUUGGUUUGGUGUUCGGCAGUUAGCCGUACUUAAGUGUAUUUUCGCAAGACAGUCAGUCGUGCCAGUUGUAAAGUUCGUUGUACAGAAAGUUAAGGAUUAUUUAGGCGAGCGGUAUAAGUCGAAAUCAAGAAGUGAAGUACCGAAGAAGUUAGUCGGAGUGUUCAAAGAGCCAAUUUUGUAAUUACAACGCACUUAGUGUUCAGGUACAAUUAAAGUAAAGAAGAGAACUUUAGAAGCAAUAUCACCUGGUGUUUGUGCAUCAGUUAAAGACAAUCGAAAUUGAUCGGGUGCAAGGAUUUUUAACAUUUUAAGGUAAUUCGCAUUUCUUUUAACUAAUUUCUUCUAUCGAUUGCUUGUACGUGGUAUGUGUCUAUGCCUAUUUUUUCAUCUUAAUUGAUUUUGUCGAAUAAAAAUCAUUUCGCAUUUGCUUAGUACCUGGAGUUUAAUUGAACUGGGUGGGUGGUUUAGUGACGACCAAGAAAAAUAGGACUGAGGCAUAGAGGGCGAUAGCCAGGAAGCGCCGGCUCCAGGAUGAAACCUCGAGUCAAGCAGGCCCUGCACCAAAGCCUGGGUCCUGGCUCAAAGGGCAACCCGACGUUAGGGACCAAGUGUUUCAGAUUGAAGGGAAGCACUUCGGGGCUUGGCUCAGGGUACCCUGCGAAGAAGCCUAGAGGCUCUGGAGCCCCAAUAGUUGCGGGUGCACUACGAACCUCUAGGUAAGUCGCUGCGGCGGGGCUCAGGGUGGCCAUUGUUCCGGUAUCGCAUUCGGAGGUGGAGAUCACUGAGCCUCAGUCGAGGUGAAUUAUGACGGCAUUGAAUGCAGUUGACGACAUGGAGGGGGGAGGCUUUCCUCGGCUGGCAGGGUCCCGCUGGAACCCGCAGGGUGCCAUUGUGGGCAAAUGCGAGGACUUUGGACUGCUUGGAGAGGACCGUCUGAAAGUCCAGAGGCACGUCCCUAGGGUAAUCAAGGUGAUGGUGGUGUUAUACGGCGCCCCGGAUGACACGGUCAUCAUCUUGAAGCUUCUCCAGAGGCAAAAUCAUGGUUUCAGGACGAGCCUAUGGAGGACGUUCUUCCGCAGGGAGUAGCCUGGUAGGGUCCUCCUCGUAUUUGGUGUCGACCACUCGCGUCGGGAUUACUAUAUAUACUACCGGCGCCGGAAAAAGGGACGGAGGUCACGCUUAAACAUGAAAUCUGUAGAUAAAUAAAUAAAUGUGACAUAAAUAAACAACAGUUUAUCUGAUUAAGCACUUGACCUUCCCUAUCAUAAUGGCGCAAUUACCCACACGGGACGACGUUUGGAUGUAAUAGAAGAUAUACCGUUUACAAUCAAUCAUGCGUUUGCUUCUGCACCUCGUGUGUACGUUACUCCUUCUCUCUUGCGCUAACUGCAUCGACGACCCUGGCGUCGUAAUAAUCGGUGCCGGCGCCGCCGGCAUAGCGGCCGCCAGCCGACUCUACAAAAAUGGUUUCAAAAAUCUUACAAUAUUAGAGGCCGAAGACAGGAUCGGCGGAAGGGUUUACAGCCUGAAGCUUGGAGACGCGUACAUCGACCUGGGGGCGCAAUGGUGCCACGGUGAGAAGGAUAACGUGGUCUACGAGUUGGUCAAGGAUUUAAACGUGCUAAAUGACGACUUCUUCGUUCCGCUAUUUUAUCACUCGAAGCGGAAGCUCAUCGAUACCGAAUUCGCUGUCAAAAUGACCGAGAUAUUUGAGACGACCUACGGAAAUGUGAGUACUGAUCAGAAAGGGCCCUUGGGGGAGUACCUCACCACGAGGUACAACGAGGCCACGCGCGACGCGUGGAAAGACGACGAAGAUAAACUGGCGUUGGCCGCCGACUGUUUGCAUUCGUUCCGGAUUUGGGUGGAAGGAUACGAAGCGGCGUUCUCCUGGUUUGAUGUAGCGGCCAGUAGCAUCUACGAGGUGUGCGAGGGUAACUCGGCGCUCGGUUGGAACGGGCUGGGGUACAAAACAAUUCUCGACGUCCUGAUGGAGAAAUCAGCCAAGUCGAUUACUGACAAAGUUCUCCUAAACCACGUGGUAAAGCAAGUCGUCCGGAGCGAUUCCAAGGUUGAGGUGAAAUGCACCAACGGCGCCAGCUUUACCUCGGACCAUGUCAUUUGGACGCCAUCUCUCGGCGUCUUAAAGCGCGGCUACAAAACUUUGUUCACACCACAGCUCUCCGGCGAGAAAGUACAGGCCAUCCAGACACUGGGCAUGAAUGCUGUUUUAAAGGUCGGCCUGUAUUUCCCCACGAAAUGGUGGAACGACGACUUUAGAGGCGUGGUGUUUUCAUGGGCAGCAAGCGACUUGCAAAAAUCAGGGGAGGCGUUCCCAUACGGUCCCAAAACUGGGAACAAAUCGUGGAUUACCACGAUAAUAUGCGUGACUUCAGUUCCAAAAAGUCCAAACCUGCUCCUGGCGUGGCUUGCAGGUGCGCUUGUUCCAGAAAUUGAAAAAACCUCGGAUGAGACCAUCACAGACGGAGUCAUCUACACGUUACGCGAGUUCAUGGGCGAGGACUACCCAAAUAUCACUCGACCGGACAGAGUCAUACGGAAGAAUUGGUACAUCGAUCCUCAUUUCCACGGCACGUACUCGUUUGAGACGGUGGAGUCUCGAAAACUGGGCAGGCCGCAGGCGGAGGUCCUUGGGGAGCCCAUCCUAUCGGAUGAGGGAAAACCGAUCUUGCUUUUUGCGGGAGAAGCUACAAAUCCGAGACACCACUCGACUGUCCACGGGGCGAUCGAGUCGGGAUUCAGGGAGGCGGAUCGUUUAAUUGAACUUUAUCGAAGAUUUUAGGACUCAAUUUUCUUUAGUUAUUAUUUCACACAAAAAUUUACUUGUUACUCACAAAACAAAACAAAAUAAAAGAAACAUUUACC